AUGGCCACCCCAUCGCGAUCACUGCGGCCUUUGGGCCCUCUCAAACAAGCGUUACGACGAUGCCGCGCAGAAAGACAGCAACAGCGACGACACGCCAGCACGGAAGCCCUCUACCCAUCCCUCCAGCCUCGAUAUCCUCCACCCUCGCCGGGCUUCCGGCCGUCGCAAGCGAUUAAGCAGAACCGCUUCGAGGAAGGCAUGCGCAAAAUCCCGGUUAUACCACCCCCCCGCUCCACCAUCAAAGCCUGUCGCGACCCUAUUCAGGCCGUCACCCAAUCCCAACUAACCGUCCUCGACCCCAACGGUGCUCGUACCCGCCUCUUCGCACCCAGUAACCCAGAUCGCGCCCAACCAGGCGAUAUCCUACACGUCCGGCUACGUAACGGCGAGCCCUUCUCCGGUGUUUGCCUCUCAAUACGACAACGGCAUCAGCCAAUCGAUACAGCGAUAUUGCUACGAAACCAAUUGACGAGAAUAGGCGUGGAGAUGUGGUUCAAGGUGUACAGUCCGAAUGUGGAGGCGAUUGAGGUCGUACAGAGGAAGGAGAAGAGGGCGAGAAGGGCGAACCUGUACUAUAUGCGACAGUCGCGGCAUGAUGUCGGCAGUGUGGAGGGUGUGGUGCGAGGGUGGCUGAGGCAGAAAAGUGGUGGGAAUGUCAGGGUGAAGGGGAGGGAUGCCAACAGUAGUAAGAAGAAGAACAACAAGAGGGGAAGGAAUUAG